AAGAAGUCAUCUGACUUUUAGUGCGUUUCAUUUACACAGUUUAUUUUAUUGAUUUUCGAUAAAAUAAACAGGAUUUUUAAAACCUGACAGAUUACUACGAUAGUAUGUAAUAUUGUAAAUAAGUUUACAAAUAAGCGGACGAACGGAAAAAUUUGCUAUUUUGAUACCUACCCACGUCUGAAUCGAUAUUUUGUAAAUAAUUUGUAGGUACUAAACAUGAAGUUGGAUUCAAAUAACAAAAUGAUAAACAGUGACAAUGGUGCUGAUACCCCGGAGGAUGUGGUGGACCCGCGGCAGAACGCCGAGGAUAUCAUCGAUGAGAUACUUGCAGAUUUUACAGAGUUUGUUUCGCCAGACGCUGCAAGGAACGGCAGCGGUAUCCCUGAGAGUUUGUUUGGGAUGAUCCAGCCUCCAAGGACGCGGACGCCGGCAAAUUCUUUUUCUGAAAAUGCGACCGUUGAUGAUAUUGACCCGGCAUCGGAUUUGGGGACAUCGAUACGGAAUAAGUGUUUAGAGUUGGAAGAAAUACUUCAGAGUCUAAAAUCUAGAUUGAACCAUGUAGUUUUGGAUGAGAAUAUUGUUUUGAGCCCUGAGGCGAACUCGAUGGAGGCCCAGCUAGAACACGACCUUGACACGGAUUGCCAGGAGGACCUGUCACUCCAAGAGUUCCUUGAGCUUUUACAAGCACAAAAUAAGAUAAGCUCCACUGGUGUGCAGUGAUCUGACCACCUACUUACAAAUUUCUUAGUAUUAAGCUUAAUUUACAUGAAUUUAUUGUGUGCAUUUAGAAUUUAUAAAAAGAUAUUAAAAAUUUCAAAUUUA